AUGGACAGAUCAGAUGACACGGUUGAAAUACCAGCCCUGGGCCGCCCAUUCCAGCUGGGGAUGCUGUACGACUGUCGUAAAGAUGCCCUCAUCCCAGGUAAACCUGGUGCAAGGAAGAGUGUAUACAGUGGUACCUCGGGUUAAGAACUUAAUUUGUUCUGGAGGUCCAUUCUUAACCUGAAACUGUUCUUAACCUGAAGCACCACUUUAGCUAAUGGGGUCUCCUGCUGCUGCUGCUCUGCAGCUGUGGAAUUUCUGUUCUCAUCCUGAAGCAAAGUUCUUAACCCGAGGUACUAUUUCUGGGUUAGCGGAGUCUGUAACCUGAAGCGCCUGUAACCUGAAGCUUCUGUAACCCGAGGUACCACUGUACUGAAAAGCAAAAAUUACUCAUAUCAAGAUUAGCAGUCGGCCCAAACAGUGCAGUUUCAGUGCUAAAUGUGCUCCUCAAAUUCAUUUUCAACAUCCCUUACUGUCUGCUUCCACAUCUUUUGCCAAAGUUUGUGUUCCUUUAUGUUCUCUUCAUUUGGACAAGACUUUCAUUUAUUAAAAAGAAGUCUUCUUGCCCGUGAUAGCGUCUUUGCUCCUUAACCUUGCUGGCAUCGUCUUGGCCCAAAUCAUCAUCAUCAUCUGCCAAUAAAGAUUCAGCAGGUGUGUUCUGUUUCAAUUUUUUAAAGCUUCCUGAAAACCUUUCUAGUCCACCAGGCCUAUGCAGGCCAUUAAUAAUACAUCUUUCCACAAUUAUUUGUUGUUGUUUAGUCGUUUAGUCGUGUCCGACUCUUCGUGACCCCCUGGACCAGAGCAUGCCGGGCCCUCCUGUCUUCCACUGCCUCCCGCAGUUUGGUGAGACUCAUGUUUGUAGCUUCGAGAACACUGUCCCACCAUCUCGUCCUCUGUCGUCCCCUUCUCCUUGUGCCCUCCAUCUUUCCCAACAUCAGGGUCUUUUCCAGGGAGUCUUCUCUUCUCAUGAGGUGGCCAAAGUCUUGAAGCCUCAGCUUCAGGAUCUGUCCUUCCAGUGAGCACUCAGGGCUGAUUUCCUUCAGAAUGGAGAGGUUUGAUCUUCUUGCAGUCCAUGGGACUCUCAAGAGUCUCCUCCAGCACCAAAAUUCAAAAGCAUCAAUUCUUCGGCGAUCAUCCUUCUUGAUAGUCCAGCUCUCACUUCCAUACAUCACUACUGGGAAAACCAUGGGUGAGAGACACUGUAGUCUUCAGCCUUCUUUAUGGUCCACCUCUCAUUUCUCUGCUUUUUAAGAUGCUGUCUAGGUUUGCCAUCGCCUUUCUCCCAAGAAGCAGGCGUCUUUUAAUUUCAUGACUGCUGUCACCAUCUGCAGUGAUCAUGAGCCCAAGAAAGUAAAAUCUCUCACUGCCUCCAUUUCUUCCGCUUCUAUUUGCCAGGAGGUGAUGGGACCAGUGGCCAUGAUCUUCGUUUUUUUAGGUCUGACAGCCAAAUUUCCACACUUUGCUUUGCUGCAUAUUUUGUGAUUUUAAAUCUGCUGGAGUUCUCUCACCAAAGUGUUUUGGAUCUUGGCCCCCAGGGAAUUCUCAUUUUUCCCCGUGCCAGUCAACAACUAGCACCAACUCUCUAUGGCCUCAAGCAGGAGAUGUUCACAGCCCUAAAUGGUGGUGAUUGAAGCUUAUCCCUGCUGCUGAGCCAGUGCCCAUCCCCUUUCUGAGGCCUGUGCAACAGAAGCUCAUGAAAUGUUCACAUUUGUUCCACUCUCAUAUCUGGUCAAAUAUUUUCCCUGCCUUUUGCCAAGUUUUACAAAACUGCACAAACCUCUUUCGUUGGGGAUAACAGUGGGACAAAAUUCAUGAGUGCAGACAUUGUGGGCAAUGAUAGCUCUAUUUUAUCUCCUUGUUUCUCUGUACACCCUUAGCAUUAGGCUAAAUGUGUUCUACAUUUCUGUGAACAUACUCAAGCCUUGCAUAUUUCUCUGCUUUAUCCCAGGAAUCACCUUUUGGGACCAGGACUCGCUUCAGAAGGACUUGUGUAUCCAACCAAAACCAAAGACUGAAUAUGAAAUCAUUGCAUCUGACUCCAUCGAUGAUAAGGCAUCUGCCCUCAAUGUCCCUGCAUCACUCAAGGCCAGUUUUUUGGGUGGAACAGUUGAAGUGGAUGGAUCAGGCAAAUUCCUUCAAGACACAAAGCAGUCCAUGAAACAGGCCAGAGUCACUCUACAGUACAAAGCUACCACCAAGUAUUCACAGCUGACCAUGAGCCAUUUGGGAAUCCAAAACGUCACUUAUCCAGCUGUUUUUGAGCAUGGCACAGCCACCCAUGUUGUCACUGCCAUCUUGUAUGGAGCCCAGGCUUUCUUUGUGUUCGACCGAAAUAUCUCUUCUUCCGAAUCUGUGCAAGAUAUACAAGGAAGCCUCCAUGCUGUGAUCAACUGGAUUAAAGUCUCUGUCAAAGGGGAAGCAUCUGUUGAGAUGAAGAAGAUGGGGAAAGCCCAAACGGAGAAUUUCAGCUGCAAGUUCUAUGGGGAUUUUUCUUUGGAAAGUAAUCCGGUGACUUUUCAAGAUGCCAUGAAAGUCUACAGCGAUCUGCCCCAAAAGCUCGGGGAGGAUGGAGAGAAGGCUGUGCCUGUCAGAGUUUGGCUGUACCCACUGACCGAGCUAGAUUCCAGAGCAGCUAAGAUGGUGCGUGAGAUCAGCUUAACACUGAUCUUUGAUGCUCAAACUGUCUUGGAGAAUCUGAAUGAAAUCAACAUGCGAUGCAAUGAUCUGGCUAUGAAUCCUGUUGCUGAAAACUUCCCAGAAUUCAAGAUGAAAAUCAAGAGAUUCAAGGAUCUGUGCAAGCAGCACAGGCAGACUUUCCAGAAACACCUGGCAGGAAUCCUGCCUUUGAUCCGGGGAGGGGGAAAAGAGGAAAGUGUUCUGGUGGACAUUUUAAUGUCCAUUAACAAGUCUCCCUUCAACAGCCAAAGACUCAGUGAGUUUUUGGAUGCCAAGGAACGAGAGAUUAAUUUGGUGAAUUCUUACCUUAGAAUCCUAAGUGGAAUGGAAGUAAUCUCUUCCCAGAACAAACUGGAAGAAAUCGUGCUAAAUCCUGCAAAUGAGUUUGUUGUCUCAUUUACCUUCACUUCUUUACAUGAUGAGGAAACAUUUUUAGCCAGCUUACAAGACUGGCUUCAGAAAGAUUUUGUUCAGGAAACAGCAAAUUCCACCAGUGGCCAAUUGACACCCAAGAACAGUAAAGCCUGGUUUGAGCACCAAGAGAGAAAUCGGAAUGCUCGUAAAGCUGCCAAAUCCAUUACACAUUUUGCCCAGGUCAAUAAAUCAAAUGAGAAAACCCGGUUCCUUGUGGCUUCCGUCCCAGAUCAAAACAACCCAGGUGCUUCCAUUUACCUCUAUGAAGAUGGGGAGAUGCUCAGCAGCAACUUUGAGCUGCCCUCAAAUCCUCUCCCUCCCCUGGUUGGCCGAAUUGGACAUGAGAGUGUGUAG